AGUAACGAGUCAAAAUCCAGUCCACAUCUGAGUUGCGAUGGAAGCCAAAGUGCUCAAGCGCAUAUACAAGGAGAUUGAAGAUGUCAACGAUGACUUCUUCAACCUCCGCACCGUCGUCAAACCCGACCCUGGCGACGAUGUAACGCGCUUUCCGUUCAUCAUGCUGCCCAACGAUGGCGCCAUGGCUCACCUACCGCUUGUUGGCGCACUCUACAUUCCCGAGACAUAUCCAACCUCUCCUCCCAUCGUGCACCUCUACACCAGAACCGGACGCUACAACGUCGAUGUCUACCAUCACAACGCGACGGGGAAUAACAGAGGGCUCAGUAGUCUCUGCUUCAAUAUCCUACGCGCAGAAUCACCUGGUGGAUACGGAUCCGGCACCUGGACACAAGCAUGCACCCUCUCGGCCUUAUUCGCAACCCUUAUGUCGGCCAUCGUGUCUCUGUACGUGCCCCAAGAGGGCGGGGGCCGUAGAGCCGAGUUCGUCUCAAUAGAGGGCUUGCGCCGCGUAAAGGAACAAGUCAGGAAGAGCUUCGAGGAGCACAAGAAGACGCUGCCUCCAGUUCCGCAAAUCCCGCUCGUAGCAGCCACGCGAGUGCCAGCAGAGGAGCUCGCGUUUCCAGCUGAAAUCGCCACUGGCGUGUAUGCCGGCCGAGGGCAACAGUAUGGAAACAUGGGCUCCCCGGGCCAUGACCAGAAAGUCACGGCGGGGCCCAUCUAUUUGCAGACUGGAGAUCCAAAGGCUGUUUAUACCUUUGCAGUUGACCUCUGCGAUCUUCACGAAAACGUCGUCUUCUCCAUCGUCCUUAGCAACUGUCUUAACGACUUGACCGGGCGAAAGUCGGACACCAUACUCGUCCGUAACGGCGUGACCGCCACGGCGGCGCGGAAGUGCGCUGACAAACCGACGCAGUGGUUCUACCAUGGCAAACCAAUGAAUGAUGGUAACAUGCGGCUGCAUGUUACGAUUGGGCAGGACCAGAUGACCAUGGCGUACUACUCUGAAGAUGGGCGCCGAUGCGUUUUCGGUGACUGUCCUGUGUCAUGGCUGACAGCCAAAGAGCUCGGCGAUGUCCGCGGUGUUCCAUUCUGGGUGCAUAUUUUCACCAGCAACAAGUCCGAGACGCCGGCGAAGAUCUACACGCUCGAUACAGGUGGAUAUGGGUACAUAUUUCGGGAUGCGGAGGAUCGCGAGUUUGAGUUCGUGGAUGGUGCAGACGAGGAAGUGCCUCCCAAACGGAAAGAGGUACAGCAAGAUGAUGAUAAAGUUGAUGCAGGUAAUCCCAAGACGGAUAAAGGGUCGGUCGAUGUGGACAGCUUGUUAGCCAUGUUUAGAGCAGCAGAUGUUUCUAGUAAACCUGCAAAAUGAGCAGUAGUCAUGAGCCGUUUUGAGACGUAACCUCAUCCGGCAUAGAAAGAUGCACUGCUCAAGUACCAGGCGCGUGGUUGAAUGAAUAGUCGGACUCAACAGGUCUUGUAGUUUGUGUCCGUGUCUAGCACAGACCUUUCGCCGUUAGUGUGACAGCCUGGUGUGAAGGUGUUCUGAAGCAAUCAAUGGCCUGGACCUGAACUUGCAAAAUAACAGAAACUCAGUUUAUUAACCUUCUUUGGCUGGUGGUUAUAAUCAUGGCAAACCGUAGAAGAUUAUGUAAAAUCAUUCACGCUGGAGAUGUGACGUAG